CUAUUUCAAAGCAAUAAAAUGAUAUGCUAAAAACAAAUACUUUUGGCACUAAAGUAUAGUAUGUUCAUGGCGAGAUUCACAUCUGUAGUGAUUAAUCUAGUACGUGCUUCUGUCGUUCACACAUUAACACCGCUUCUCCAGAGAUCAGCUACGACCAUGGCGUGUACAAAACUCGAUAAGACAUCAGCGAAAGAUCUCGUUAAUUCGGUAGACAAUUUCUUGUUUGACUGCGACGGAGUAUUGUGGGAUGGAAAAGGUGCAAUUGAUGGAAGUCUGGAAACCAUACAGAAACUUUUAUCCAUGGGAAAGCGUGUGUUCUAUGUAACAAACAACAGCACAAACACGAGAGAUAAUUACGUGAAGAAGUGUCACAAGUUUGGGUACCCGGCACAGACAGAAGAGAUUGCCUGUACAGCUUAUAUAGCAGCUCUGUAUCUCCACAACAUCAAGUUCAAAGGGAAAGUGUAUGUCGUGGGGAACCCAUCCAUGGGAGUGGAACUCGACAAGUUAAACAUCAAACAUUUUGGUAUCGGUCCUGAUACUUUUGACACGUCUGAAAUCACCAGUAUGUUACAGAUGAAACUUGAUGAUGAGGUCACCUGCGUGUUGGUAGGUUAUGAUAUGUAUUUGAACGUAGCUAAAAUCUCCAAGGCAGCCAGCUAUCUACAGAAUCCUGAUGUACUGUUUCUAGCCACUAACGAAGAUUCACACCUGCCUGUGGCGGGCAGCAAAAUAGUUGUGCCAGGGACAGGGACGAUGGUGAAUGCUGUGAAGAUUCCUGCGAGGAGAGAUCCCAUCAUUCUUGGUAAACCUGAGAAACCAAUGUUUGAAGUUCUUCGAGAAACUCACAAUCUGAAUCCAAGUCGAUGUUGUCUUGUAGGAGACAGAAUAAACACAGAUAUAGGUCUGGCCAAGUGCUGCAAGCUCAAAUCCCUGCUGGUUCUCUCUGGAGUGACCACGGAACAGGACCUCGCUAGAGUUGAUCCCGGUUCUCUCCCCGACCUCUACACGUCGAGUCUCUGUGAUCUCAGAUCAUUCAUCAACAAUUGAUGAUGGCUUCUCUUAGGAUCUCUUCUCAUCUUGUGAUUUAGUCAUUACCGGUGUUUGCAGCAUCUUGCAAAAUCAUGGGCAAUGCUUAGAGGCCGAGUUCACCUUUGACAGAGCUUAGAUUUUCCUCCUGAUAAAUUAUUUAGACUCCUGAAAAAUUCUGGAAUUUAUAUUAUUUCAAUAAAUAAUUAAUUCAGA